AUGGAAGUGGAUGAGCCUACCAACGUUAUAGGAACUGAAAAUGCGACCGUUCGAGCGCUGUCGUCGCCUUCCAAAGCAUUGUCGCCGAAUCAACAACGCAACGGCAAUAUGAUGGUUAGUUCGUUUUCCAACAUGGCUAACCAAGCUAUUUCCAGAGGACAAUAUAGAGAAGCUCUCAGCCAUUAUCAAAAAGCGUUGGAAGACUAUUCCAGAGAGUCCCCUACUGUGGUUCAGCUGGUGAAUGCGGCGGCAACUUGCUUCAAUUUGGGAGCGCUAUCAAAGAAAUUGCAGGAUUACAACAGUGCGGCCAAGUAUUUUCGGCAGGCUGAAAACAUUUAUAGAAACUGUCAGAUCCAAGUGCGACAGAUUGGAAACGGAGGAAAGGAUCGAUCAUCCUCGUCAUCAUCUUGUAAUGUUUGCUUGAUUCAAUUGAUUGUAGAAACUCUGCAAGCAAGAGCUCACUUACACUACAAAUAUCAGAACUUGCUGGAAAAAGCUAUUGAAUGCCAUGAAGAAGUAGUGGAGAUCUUGGAACAGCAUCGCUUAUACGGGGACGAUAUUGAUACGGUCCAGUUCAAAAUCAAGUUCCAACCGCUACUGCCCGAACAACGGUGGGAGCUGUUGGUGACAUCACUGCAGUUUCUAGGCAAGUUUUAUGUGGAAAAGGGUGAUUUGGAGGACGGGCUCAUGGCCUAUCAAGAAGUCUUGAAAAUAUUAGAAGAUCAAGAUGAAUUGGAUACUCAACAUCGACAGGAAGAAACGAUUCAAAUCAUUCGGGCAUUGGAGGAAAUUCACGCCGAUCAGCAACCCGAUAUGCACGAAUCAAAUGCCGAAGAAGCUUCGGAAAUGCAACGAAUGGCUCUCUUGGAGGAAGAUGAUGAAAACUGGGACAAGGCUCUGAUAUACUGGGAGCGCGUUCUAUAUUUCCAAUCACAAGAGUAUGGUGAAGAAUCAUUUGAAGUUGGGAUUGCUUUGUGCCAAGUGGCACGAGUCAUGGUGGCACAGGGAAAUCACGAAGGUGGUCUGGAUCUGUAUCAAGCGGCUACAUUGAAGUACCGAAAUUCGAACAAUCUGUUGCCAAACCACUUGAUUACCAAUGCCGCACACGCGUUUCUAGUGCUGCAACAACCCUUGGAAGCUUUAGCAUGGUUGGAAGACCUUGCGUCCCAAAGCGUUGUUCCAGAAGAAAAGGCUCUGAUACUAUAUGAGCUAGGAAAGAUAUAUCUGGAGCAAGGACAGCUACACGAAUCGUCACGGGUUCUUUGCGAAAGCGCCGAGCUUGGCGAAGGCGACGAAGAGCACGUAUUCGCUCUACUGCAAAAAGUGGAAUUCUUGCAACAACGGAGACAGUUGAAUUCUCCAGAUGUUGCUGCUGCCAUGGCAUUGGAAGCAAUCAAUGAAGGUACUGAUGAAGAGGCUUCAGCUGUAUCUACCGUUCUUUCCAAGGACAAGAUCGCCACGUCAAUGAGUAAGAAACCUUUACCAAUCGACUUUGACGGCGAAGAAAAGAAGUUGGAACUUGAAGAUGUGUUGGGCCCUAUUUAUGACGACAAGUCAGAGCCCGGUCAACUCUCAACACUCAGUCCAAAGAAUGCAAUGUCUUCAAAGAGUGAACUUGGUUCUCUUCUCGAAGUUGCAGAGGAAGAAGAGAGUGGCGAAAGCGAUGAGGAACCUCAAGUGGCACAACUCAAAGACUUGACCGCUUCUUUGGACAAAAGUGACGGUGCUGAUGAAAGCGCUGUGAUUGAUCAGCCGGAUAUGGACUCAAUUCCAGAUAUCGAAGAGAUGAACGGACCAUUGUCAUCCCCUAUCCACAUGCCCGUGAAUGACCCUACUGAUAGCGACAUUUUGAUAUCUGCUUCGUUGGAGUCUCUACAGUUCGAGGAUGACGACUACAAAUCUGUGAGUGCUGCUAGUCAUCCACCAAUGGAUGGCAACGUUCUCUUUGGGGACGAGGAAGGCGAACCACAGCAUAAAAUCCUGGAGUCUCGUUCACAUGUCUCUCAGCUCCCUGAAGUAACUCCCAGCGAUGAGUCUUUUCGGGGAGCAUUGCCUUCUGAAGCGGCUGAAAGAGCACCGAGUCAAUCAACCGAUGGACCAGCAACGUUAUCACGUGCCAUCUCUGAUGCUAGUACUCCGCAUAGUCUAUCUCAACAUGACUUGGCGAUUACCGACUCCCCCUCGGAGGGAAUGAUGUCUUCUGGCCUUUCUGGCAUUGAUACGAUCAGCUUGGGAACCACCCUCUUUGUUUCGGCUGAAGGUCCCGAACCAGUCUCCGACAACAAUGCUGAAGCGCAAUCUCAGACCAUUGAUGAUGAAGUUAACGACCAUGCCGAUGACCUUCCAAAGAUGACAAUCUCCGAUGUAAAUGUUCCCGCAGCUGAUUCGUCCCCCGCCAUUACAUAUCCAGCUACAGCCGGGCCAUCGCCAGCCAAAGCAUCCCCGGCGGAUAGCGAGACAUCCAGAACGGGUUUACUGAAAACAGAACAGAAAGGAAAACCCAGUCCAGCUUCUAAAGGUCUCCGGCUUCCUUCGUUAUCAUCCCCACGAAACCCAACUCCACAUGCAAAGACAACCUCUUCUUCAUUGGAUUUUAAGAAUCCUAUUUUGAGAAUCAAGCGAGACUAUGCCGAAAUGCCCAGGGGGUCCAGAUCAGAAUCGAGUCAGGCUUCAAAAUCUGCUCCUCGCAAAGGUUUUGUGAAGGCUCUUGCCAGCCAAUUUAAGCGAUCACGAAGCAAACGAGCAACUGGACUCGGUGCAUUGGACGAAGAUAAAGUUGUUGGAACUAAACUACCCAGCGAAUUCGAUGAUGAUUUCUCCCAGUGUGAUGCGCCAGUUCACUUUAUCUUCGACGACGAUGACGCAUCCCAGGUUUCCCAAAUUACCUUUCGAAUGGAGGAAUAUUCAUCUCGGAAGACAAGCCAACCAGAUGGCCAGUGGUGGUGGGGCGUUACCAAGGAAGGGCUGGAGGGAUGGUUCCCAUCAGAAUAUGUCACCCAAGCUGUCCAAGCGGCCGAAGGUUUCUUGUCUGCAAAGUCAAUCCACGAUCUUGCGAAAUCCAGGCCACUUGACUUUGAUUCCGACGAGGAGUCGGAGGCUGGGGACGAGCGCCCAAAGGAAUCCACCGUUGGACCGAUCACUACAGAGGAUUUGGACAGUCAACUCGAACGACCUGCUCCGUUGUCGAACAACGCUCGUGCGCAGUCUGCCAGCACUCGCGGAACCCAGUCUAAUGUUUCAAGCGGUCCAAAUACAACUCAGUCCUCCAAGAAGCAAACCCUUGUUUCGAAGAUUGAAGAAAAGGAAUCAAUGCUACAAACCCAAAUUGGGGAAAAUGGAUCCGAGCACGUGGACGUCGCAACAACGCUCUUUGAUCUUGCUGUCCUGAAAGGCAAGAAUAACAACUUCGACGAAGCUCUUGAACUUGCCCAGCAAUCAUUACAAUCGCAGAAAUCCACAUUGAACAUGUCUGAUGCAUGUAAGACCUUGCAUUUCCUCGCUGAUUUGCACAUGAAGCAAAAGAAAUCGACAGCUGCGAUAGCAUGCUAUGAAGAGGCGCAGCGAUACCAAGAAUCGCUGUUUGGAUACUUCCAUGAGGAAACAGCAAUCACAUUGAACCGAAUUGGGAAUGUUUUUGCAACUCAAGGGGAGUUCGGUCUUGCUAUGGAGAACUACAAGGAGGCCCUCCGCAUUCUAAAGGAAUGCUGUGGGGAAGAAGUUAAGAACCCCUUGGUGUCACAGACUUUGAUCCAAAUAGGUGCAGUGUACUACAGAGAAAGGAACUCACUUGCAACCAUCCAGUCCAAGGUUGAUGGAUACAGCACAUUCAUCGAAGGUGGUAUGUUGGAAGUCAUUGGGCGAGCUCAUGAGGAAAGAGGUUCAUACCGUAUGGCUUUGGCUUUCUUUGAAGAGAAGCUUCAAUUCCUGAAUGAUAACGAGAAUUCUGACCUCGAACAGGUCGCUGAAACUUUGAACAGUCUAGGAAUGUUGAGUUGUCGAGCUGGCCUUUUCUUGGAGGCCAUUGACUACUACGAUAAGGCACUCGGAAUCCAAAUGAAGCUUGGUUGUGAUGAAGUCCAACUUGCCAUGGCUCGGGUUCUUGCCGGUAGUGUACAGUACUCAUUAGGCCACUUCAGCAAGGCACUGAAACUAUUCCAGGAUGCCAUAGACACUCUUCGGGACCACGUUGGUUCCGAACAAGAGACAGUGGCAGCUACACUUUUCCACAUGGGAAUUGUUCGCACCGCAUUGUGUGAAUAUGACGAUGCCAUGUCGGAUUUCCGUGAUGCGCUUGAUGUGCAACAGAAACUUCUGGGAAAUGAUCAUCCUGCAACGCUCAGAACUAGACGGGAAAUCGGAAAUCUUUAUGCUGUUUAUGAGUCGGAACUUGACUCUGCAUUUGAAGAGUUCAAUGAUAUCCUCGAGGUUCAAAAGAGAAUUCAUGGAGAGAGGCAUCCCAAUGUUGCUGAAACCUUACAGAGUAUAGGGUGUGCUCAAGCGAAGAAAGGCGAUCACAGCGCUGCACUUCGUACCCUCGAAGACUGCUACAACAUGCGAUUAGAAUUCCUCGGUAUGGACCACCCUCUUCAAGCUACAACGCUUCACGAGAUCGCCAAAAUUCAGCUAGGGCGAGGUCGUCUGAAGAAGGCAAUGCACAUUGUUGACGCAGCUCUCAAUAUUCGAGUUGAGUCGCUGAGUGAGCAGCACAUCGAUGUUGCUAUGGCACUUGCAACAAAAGCAAGUUGUUUGGUGGCUCAGAAUAGCUUUGUUGAAGCGACCAAGCUAUUCUUGGAAGCACUAAGUAUUUCCCAAGCCGCUGUUGGCCCAAUCCAUCCAUGUGGUGCAAAUAUUCAUGAACAGAUUGGCAUUAUGCAUCUUCGAAAGUGUCAUUUUGAAGAAGCAGCAGCCGCCAUCAACAAGGCACUUGAAAUCUAUCGCCAAUCAAAUUUGGAUGAAGAUCACCCUGGAAUCAAGGGUGCUUUGGAGGAACUAGAAAGAGUCGAAAGAGCUGAAAUGCUUUGUGUGUAG